AUGGUGACUUCGCAGGUGUUGUUUUUUGUAUGCGGGUGGUUGUUCUUUAUGAAACAGCUCUUCAAGAAUUAUGAAGUCCAUAACAGAGUAGUUCAGUUGGUGUUCUCUAUAACAUUUGCCUUAUCCUGUACUAUGUUUGAGCUUAUCAUUUUCGAAAUUAUGGACGUUAUGGAUUCUGGAUCACGUUUUGUAACAUGGAGAUUGUGCUUAACGGCUAUGCUAAUAGCUCUCAUUGUAGCGCUGCCACUUUAUGUCGCGUAUACUCUUCUAAAGAGUAUAUCUUUUAUCAAACCACGAUUCCUCACACCUCUGACGACUUUUCUAUGGUUUGUGUUCAUAUAUUUCUUUUGGAAACUCGGAGAUCCCUUCCCUAUUCUCAGUGCAAAACAUGGUAUUUUCACUAUUGAGCAAGCGAUUUCGCGUAUUGGAGUUAUCGGAGUAACCGUAAUGGCAGUAUUAUCUGGAUUUGGUGCGGUGAACGCACCAUAUGUGUACAUGACAGUUUUUAUGAGAAAAGUGGACCAACAUGCAAUCACUCAAAUGGAACGGAAGUUAAUGCAGACUAUGGAAAUGAUUGCAAUAAAGAAACGUCGUGUGGCACAAUAUGAAAGAGAAUUGGCGUUAAGCGCAUUUUCACGAGGUAAGGACGAAAACACUGGUCUUUUGCACAGAAUUUGGGGCACUGUUGCCAGUGCAACGAGCGGAGGGACCCUAAGUGAUCAGAUAAGACAACUAAAUGCAGAGAUCGUUCCACUGAACGAGCUGAGCCGUUACCUCUUCCUCGAAGUAGUGGAGCUGCGCAAUAUGAAGGAACGUAUAGAGUAUAGCAAAACCUGGAUGGGAAAGUACUUCAAUGUGCUCGGACAUUUUUUCUCAGUGUACUGUAUUUGGAAGAUAUUCAUCUGCACUGUUAAUAUUGUCUUUGACCGAGUUGGCAAGGUAGAUCCUGUAACUAAGGGUAUUGAAAUUGGUGUGAAUUGGAUGGGAAUUGAUCUCGAUGUGCGGUUCUGGUCCCAGCAUAUUUCUUUCUUCCUUGUCGGUGUCAUUGCCGUCACUUCAAUAAGAGGAUUGCUAAUAACUUUGACGAAGUUCUUCUUGGCUAUCUCCAGUUCCAAAUCAUCCAAUAUUAUUGUUCUGUUGCUAGCACAAAUCAUGGGCAUGUAUUUUGUCUCCAGUGUACUACUUAUGCGGAUGAAUGUUCCACAUCAGUACAGGAAAAUUAUCACGGAGGUGUUAGGCGACCUGCAAUUCAAUUUCUAUCACCGCUCAUUGGACAGUCGUAUGAACACCCUUCAGAUACCACCGCUUCAUCACUAUGAUACUCAUCCAAAACUAGUAUAUCAAACAGUCCAUGCCGUCAAUGGUCCCCUUCUAAUCCUGAAAGAUGUGAAAUAUCCAGCGUACGGAGAGGUGGUCCGCAUCACUCUGAAAGACGGUUCAAAACGUAUGGGGCAGGUGCUGGAGACGAUGGGUAACAAGGCCGUUGUUCAGGUCUUUGGAGGUACUGUUGGUGUCGAUGUUAAAAACACAGUAUGCGAAUUCACCGGAGAUGUGUUAAGGGCACCGGUUAGUGAGGAGAUGCUCGGAAGAACAUUUAACGGAACAGGAAAGCCCAUAGACAAGGGACCACACAUCUGCGCCGAGGAUUUCUUGGAUGUGAACGGAGUGGCAGUGAAUCCAUAUAUGAGAGUGUAUCCGAGAAGAAUGAUUGAGACAGGAAUAUCAUCAAUUGAUGUGAUGUCCACUAUUGCUCGAGGACAGAAGAUUGCGAUAUUUUCUGGAGCAGGACUACCCCAUAACGAAAUUGCAGCCCAAAUUGUUCGACAGGCUGGACUGCUUGGUACGGAUGCCUCGCAAGACUUCGCGAUUGUUUUUGCGGCAAUGGGGGUUAAUAUGGAGACAGCUAGACUUUUCACGCAGGACUUCGAAGAAAGAGGGAAUCUGGAGAAUGUGUGCAUUUUUCUUAACACUGCUGCUGAUCCAACGAUCGAACGCGUCCUAACACCGAGGAUAGCGCUGACCACCGCCGAGUUCCUUGCCUAUCAAUGCAAUCGCCAUGUAGUGGUUGUCAUGACGGACAUGACGGCAUAUGCUGAAGCGUUGAGAGAGGUCUCAGCAGCGCGAGAAGAAGUCCCAGGACGACGUGGAUUUCCUGCAUAUAUGUACACCGACCUGUCUACAAUAUUCGAGAGAGCCGGUCAAAUGAAAGGGAGGCGUGGUAGCAUCACCCAAAUACCAAUUCUUACAAUGCCUAAUGACGACAUCACCCACUGUGUCCCUGACCUGACUGGUUACAUUACGGAAGGGCAGAUCUACCUCGAUCGACAAAUGUGGAAUCGUCAAAUCUAUCCGCCUAUAAAUAUACUACCAUCACUAAGCCGAUUAAUGAAGACAGCCAUCGGAAAAGGUAUAACCAGAGAGGAUCAUGCAGAUGUGUCAAACCAAGUGUACGCAUUGUACGCAGCAGCGAAAGAGGUAGCAACAUUGCGAACUGUGGUUGGAGACGAGGCGCUCACAAGUGAGGACUACAUGCAUUUAGAAUUUUUGAAGAAGUACGAGAAAGAAUUUGCAACACAAGGUCAACACGAACGACGAAGCGUUAUCGAGUCGCUGGAUAUAGCAUGGCAAUUACAAAUACUACCCAAGAAGAUAGAUAAGGAUGACGAUGAUUUUUCUACGCAAUGCGUGGCCACGACCACAUCGAAAGUUUGGUACAUAUAG